AGAGUUGCUGGUUACGGUUACUGAUGUAAAUAAUAAAAACAAACAGAAAGUAAUUGAUCAAAGUAUAUAAUUUUUAAUAAACUGCUGGUGACUUCUAGAAAUUAUUUUACGAGUUAUCAGUUUAUCUAAUCAAUUAUCAGCAAUUAAAUUAGAUUAGUAAUAUGAAUCGACUGCCGCUCCACGAUGCCUUGAAGUCUUUAGCUUGGCUGGAAGGCACCUGGAAGACGGAGGCAGGGAAAGGUAAAUUUCCGACCAUAAAGUCCUUUGGGUACCACGAAGAAAUAAGAUUCACUUCAAUAGGACAGCCGAUGCUGAACUAUGAAUCCCAGAGUUGGCAUCCGGAAAAGAAGACUCCAAUGCACAGAGAAGUUGGUUUUCUUAAAAUAAUUCCGGGAACUAAUAGAGUUAAAUUUAUAUUGUCGCAUAAUUUUGGGCUGACUACCAUCGAAGAAGGUCUUGCUGAUGGUCAGAGGAUUAAAUUAGACAGUACUUCGAUUGCUAGAGUUACUGAGGGAAUUAAAAAUCCUGCUGUUACUCAAUUGAGAAGAGAAUUUUUCGGCAAUGAAAAUACUCUAGAACAAAUAGUAUACAUGGCAACGACGAAUACCCAAGAAUUAACAGAACAUUUGCGUGCUACUUAUAUAAAAGUUGAUUAAGAGUGAGUGAGAAUUGAAUUAAAAAUAGUGUAAUUAUUUUUUUUUUCAAU